AUGAGCUUCGAGCCGGCCGCAGGAUCUUCAGGGCAGCGCCGGAGCCCCGCAGGCGCUGGGGGCGCCGCGGGCGCUCAGCCCCAGCAGCCGCUGUCCCAGCGCGGUGUCGAGCCAGCCGCCGCGCCGCCGCAGGCCGCCGUCGAGUGCGCGGGCGCCGCCAGCGCUGACG